GACCGGUGUUUUCCUUUAAUGUUCUUCCUACUUCCUACUAUGUACUACCUAGUAUGUAAUAAUGUAAUACUAGAUAGUUUGUAGUUCAAUGUUAGUACUAUCUAGGUUAGUACCAACUUACAUGUUGAAUUGAAUACAUGUAGUUAUCAAGCCCGACAUGCAUAUGGACUUGCAUAUGGUUAUUAACUUUUACAACGUCACCCGUCAAUUUGAGACUUGAUGUCCUUUACAAACAACCUUAUAACCCCUUUACUAAGAUGAACUAUCCUUUUUUGGGUUGUCCAAAUAUCGCUCUGAUCCUUCUCCUUCUCCUUCUCCUAGCUAUAUCACCCUUAACCGAUGCUACAAUCCUUCCUCGAGUCUCGCCCUCCCAAAAUCAUCAUGGUGGCUCGUAUUUUAGGCGUUUGCUUGACAUUCCCUUUGGCUGGGCCUCAGGAAGUAAGCCGAGGAAGGGGUUAAACCAAUGGCUCCAUACGCACCCGAAGCUCCUUGCAAAUCUUCAAAGAUACGAAAAUGAGGUUGUGAUCCGAUUUAACAUCUCAACGGACGCGCAUGAGGCAGCUCUAAGAAAGGCUGUUGAUCAGAUGCUGCUCGAUGUAUGGGAUUUUACCGAUAAUUACACAGACAUACGUCUCGAUACUCGUCGUAUCCGACCAUUAAUGGGCAUCUUGCCGCCUUCCAUGCAAGAUAAUCACUCCAUUCUGAUUUCCGACUUGUCUCGGGCCGUCGCUGAUACAUAUCCAACCAAUGUACCCGCCCACUCCAUCCAUCAAUCCACCCCGAGUUGUCGAGGCAUAACCCCAGCAAAUGAUACACCCUUGCCUAAGAGGCGGGGUGCUGAUGACAUAUUCUUCCACGAUUACCAGCCGCUCUCCGUGGUGUAUCCAUGGAUGAAACUACUGGAUUCCAUGUUUAGAAACCGUGGCCUUGUUCGGAUGAUUAGCAUUGGCAAAUCCUAUGAGGGACGCGACAUAUUAGGGUUGAGGAUAGGUAUACCAUCUAAUGAUGCAUCAGCAAGGGACAGAAAAGAUACCAUUCUUAUGACGGGCGGUAUUCAUGCGAGGGAGUGGAUAUCCACCAGCACCGUGAAUUAUGUGGCCUGGUCCUUCAUACGGUCCAUUGACGAGGAUCCGAUGAUUGCUAAAAUUCUGAAGCACUUCGAUAUUGUUUUUAUCCCUGUUCUAAACCCCGAUGGAUACGAGUAUACUUGGGAAGUCGAUCGCCUCUGGCGCAAGUCCAGGCAACGCACGAAGAUGCAGUACUGUCCUGGUUUCGACUUGGAUCACACUUUCGGCUACCAAUGGGAUACUACCCAGCAUCAGACCGAACCAUGCUCUGAGAGCUAUGGUGGUGACGAACCUUUCCAGGCUGUCGAGGCUGUCCGCCUAGCGGAUUGGGCCCGGAAUGAGACAGAAAAUGGUGUCAAGUUUGUAGGUUACCUGGAUCUUCACUCAUAUUCCCAGCAGGUACUAUAUCCUUAUGCGUACUCGUGUGCCACCCGCCCGCCCAACAUGGAGAAUUUAGAGGAGGUGGCCAUGAAUUUGGCUAAGCACAUGCGACUCUCCAAUGGAGAGGUAUAUACAACUACCUCCGCUUGCGAAGGAGCCGUAGCAAGCGAGAUCUCUACAGACAACAUGCAAGGCCCACAAAGAGCUCGAGUCGAAGCCAGAGGGGGAUCGGCGAUAGAUUAUAUUUUCCAUGAGUUUAAAGCUCACUACAGCUAUCAGAUUAAGCUUCGAGAUACUGGGAGUUAUGGCUUUCUUCUCCCGAGUGAGCAUAUCAUUCCUACCGGCGAAGAAGUAUACCAGGCAAUGAAAUAUUUUGGUGAUUACCUCCUCGGAAAUAACGGCCACGAGUCGAUGGGGCAUUCUAUACCUACGGAGGAUCAUAUCAACCAGGUUGAUUUGACUGUCGAGGAGGAAGUUAACAUGGCGGAACUUCGAAAGCGCCGCCGAAGAAGAUGUGAUCAAUGUACGUAUUAAACGAAGUUUCUUGGACUUGGGCAGCAUUGUGUAGCAAGGAAAAGAAGGCAGAAAUGAAGGGAAACGACCAUGACAUAUUUCCCUAUGCAAUUUUUGUUGGGGCCAUUCAAUUGAAUAGUACUGUCUUCUUUCUUAAAUUAUUACUUAUCCAAAGAUAUUGAGUGGAAAAUCAGGCACCCAGUCGACAGAUACAUA